UUGGACCGUGAGUAUCAACCUGGGAAACCUAAAAAAAAACGUGGCCCACCUCCCGGGCAAGAAAUUAUAAGAAGUCAAAAUAGUAGGUUGGAAAGCAUCAUUAAUGAUGCUGUUAGGGAUUCAAAAAAAUAUGAAGCAUUAAUGAAUGUUGAAGGAAUAGAACCUGAAGUUCGACAUGGAAUUGAUUUAUUAAGAUAUAGAGAUGAAAAUAAAUUUCAAGUUGAUUCUCUUACUAGAUUAAGACAUGUACCACACUCGGAAACUGGUCUUCAAACAAGAACUUCAAUUAUUAGGAUGUUCCAGGAAUUAUAG